AUGAGCUCCCACCGCGAGGCGAUCGUCAACGACAAGCCCUAUGUCGACCCCAACCCCCUCCCUUCCUCCGUCCCCCACGUCGAGGAGCUCGGCGUCACCUCGGCACCUCUGAAGAGCGCAUCCUUCUUCAUCGGCGAAUACUGCAAGGAGGUCAACGGCGAGUGUCCCUCCUGGUGUCUAUCCUCCGACAACGAUUUUAUGCUCUGCAAGAACGAGAACCGCGAUCCUGCCCACUGCCUGAAGGAGGGAAGGAAGGUGACCCGCUGCACCUCCGAGAUCAUUGGCAAGAUUAGGGAGACUUGCCUGGCGGAGUUUGACGCCCAUUGGCAGUGCCUUGAGAAGAACAACCAGCACUUCCAGGCCUGCCGCGCGCCCGAGAAGGCCCUCAACUCGUGCGUCUUCUCCAAGCUCAACUUGAAGAAGAGCAUUCCCGGCUCGCCAGAGGGCCAGGCCCAGGUCCACGAGAAGAAGUGGCCCAUCUACACCACCGUCCAAAAGUAG